GGGAGGGUGAGUAGGGAAGGGCCUGGCCUAAAGGGCCCCAUCAUGAGGUCCAAAGCAGCUAAGAGAGCAAAAUCCGUGAUGUUGGUUGAAAGGGAUGUGCUGACCGGUGGUGUCUGUGCUGAGCAAGCCAAGCAGUCUCCUUGGUCCACAAACAUUGGUUGCUGUUGAGGCGCCACAAACAUGUCUACAAGUAGUGUUGAAAGAAAUAAAAGGCAAGCCAAAGUGUUGGAAGAGAACUACUGGGACUGCAGCGUGUGUACAUACCGCAACACUGCGGAAGCCUUCAAGUGCCUAAUGUGUGACGUUCAAAAGGGAACUUCCACACGCAAACCGCGCAUAAAUCCUCAGCUGGUUGCGCAACAAUAUAAUCCAACUCCUCCUAAAACUCAUAAACGUGAAGGAAAGGACAAAUCUGAUAAAAAAGAUUUUGACAAGUCUGAGAAAAAGAACAGGCGACCACCACGUCUCAAAAAUGUAGAUCGCAGUACAGCGCAGACUGAAAGAGUGACUGUUAACAAUGUUACGGUGAUGAUAACAGAGUUCAAGCCUAAGGUACCCGUUGACCAGUCUGGUGCUUCAAGUAGUGUUUCAUCAGAGAAAGAUAGUCAAUCGGAAACAAGUUCAGAACCAAGGAGUCCUAUGGGCACAGAUUCCCGCAGUUCUUAAAUUUUGUAACUUAACUCCCAUUCUUGGGAAUCAUGCAUAUACAUUUAGUUGUGUUAACAUAUACUGUAUCUUACCAUUGCAACUAAAAAUGGAUUGAUUUUCAUGUUCACACAUGUUUUAAACAUGUUUCAUUCUAUUAUUUAUCUUUAUUUCUUCUUGUUAUAUGAAUCUCUUGUAGUGCAUCUUCAUGUAACUCUAUGUCAUGUAAUUCAACAAAUGUCACUAUACUGUCUGUAUAAAGCAUUAUUUUAAUCCGUUAUAAAUUGUGAUUGUAAACAUAUGUGUACCAUAUAAAACAAAGAAUUUAUUAAGAGCAGAAGCAUAAUAUUUUAAAGACUUAGGUUUGUAUAUUGUAAGUUUUAAAGCUCAACCAGCUAUACUUGAUUUUAAAAGUUAUGUCAAUCUGAAACUGAAAUAAUCAGAAAUGAAUUAGUUCUAUGAAUUGGGUUGGAUCAUUGUAUCCCACAUAGUACUCCUUUUUUCCCCCCUCACACAUACUGUAAAUUGCCUCCCCCACCUGAAAUAGUUGUAACAAUGUUUUUGUUCCAACAUUAAGGUAUAACUUCAUUAUCAUUGCCCACAUUUUCCAAAUGUCAGUAUUGAUGGAUAAGGUUAACUUUGAAUCUGGAGCUACAUGUGUAAAGAAGACAAAACAAAAAGACUGAACAUUUUCUUUGAAUUGUGUGUGUUUAACAUUGAAUGAUUUUCUGUUUUUCCAAAAAUAGUUACAGAUCAUAUUUCUGAAAUGUGUCCAUCUGCCCUUUAAUUUCACCUUUAUCAGUUUCAUUAAGCCUUAAUCAAACUCAUUUUUCAUGGUUGUGUUUUGUCCUUAGGGCCCAUGCUUGUCCACAAUACUACUUCUGAUUGUUGUCAUUUUAACUGUCUUCAAUUAUGUGUAACACUAUCACUACAGAGUGUAAUGUAUUUUAAUUUUUUAAUUUGAAUGAUAUGGUAAAAGUUUUGUUUUCAAACCUAUAAAUUAUGUACAGCCUUUGGUGGAAGUGACAAUUUGCUGUAUAAUUUUCCUAUCGAGUCUCUCUCUUUUUCCCCCUUUUUCUUCCACACAUGGAUGAGUUAAUUGGUAAUAUUUUCUGAAUUAUUAUGCCAUUGAAUCAUUCUGUAAAUCUCUGGAAGCCCCCGCAACUCAUGACUGGCAUGUAUAGUAAUGCUGUAUCCAUGAAUGUUGACUGUUUCCAUUUCAGGUUAUUUUGUCAAUAGAAUUUGCUGUCUUGUUCUAUAUCUGUCACACUGUGUUAGAACUCUAUCUAAUCAAUUGUGUCAAAUUUUAGUUCUAUCGUCAAUUGCUUUUGCUCUCAGCACAAUGAUGAUUUGGUAGAACUACCAAAGUGUUCUCCGAGCAAAUCUAUUUACUGCCGUACAUAUUAAUUACCUAGUAUGUAUUGUAAGAUAGGAAAAAUUUUAUUAUUUUUAAAAGGGAAUUAAAGCAACAGAUUUUCAUGUCAUUUAUGUGAUGGGCAAGACCCUGAAUCAAUUUUGAAAACAAAGAACCAAAGAAAUAUUGGUGUAACUAGAUUUACUGCUCCUUUUGAAGUACUUAUAAACUUUGAUGAAUUGAAUAAACCAAGCUUGUGUCUCCAA